CAUUUGAACUAUGGCUUUUCCUGCGCCAAAGCCACGGGCCCCGGAGCUGCCGCAGAAACGGUUGAAGACGCUGGACUGCGGCCAGGGCGCAGUGCGAGCCGUGCGAUUUAAUGUGGAUGGCAACUACUGCCUGACGUGUGGCAGCGAUAAAACCCUGAAGCUGUGGAACCCGCUGCGUGGGACGCUGCUGCGGACGUACAGUGGCCACGGCUACGAAGUGUUGGAUGCAGCCGGCUCCUUUGAUAACAGCCAUCUCUGCUCUGGUGGUGGGGACAAGACGGUGGUGCUGUGGGAUGUGGCAACUGGACAGGUCGUGCGCAAAUUUCGGGGCCACGCUGGAAAGGUGAACACCGUUCAGUUUAACGAAGAGGCCACAGUCAUCCUGUCUGGGUCUAUCGAUUCCAGCAUCCGAUGCUGGGACUGCCGUUCUCGGAAGCCUGAGCCAGUGCAGACGCUAGAUGAAGCCAGAGAUGGCUUCCAAAAGGAUCAAAGACCUCAACAUAAAUCCAGCCAUACCUCUUAGAAGAGAAAGUGGGAGGUACCCUUGAACGAAUUGGUACA